CAAAAAUUCUACUCGAAAUAUAAAGAAGUGGAAAAUAAAGAAACUAAUUAAAAAAGAAAGGACGGUCCAAACGAUUUUGCUUUCGGAUUCCAUUCCCUCUCUACAAAAACCCUAAAGCCGACCCCUUAAACACCCAACACCCCAAAACCAAAUUUGCCUCUCAAGCCAACACCGAAAAAUGGAAGACGUCUCGGGAUCGGUGGUGGUGGUCAUGGUGCCUCUCCCGGCGCAAGGCCACCUCAACCAGCUCCUCCAGCUCGCCCACCUCGUCGCCUCCUAUGGCAUCCCCGUCCACUUCGUCGGCUCCGCCUCCGUCAACCGCCAGGCCAAGCUCCGCUCCCACGUCCCGCUCUCGUCCGCGCCUGGCGACAUCAGCUUCCAUGACUUCCCAACCCCGCCCAUCCCCUCCCCGCCCCCAGUUAGUUCCCCUUACAAGUUCCCCUCCCAGCUCCAGCCGGCGUUCAACGCCACUUCGUCACUUCGCGGCCCCGUCGCCCUCGUCCGCUCCCUGUCCUCAGUGUCAAGGCGGGUCGUAGUGGUCUACGACUCGCUGAUGGCGUCUGUGGUCCAGGACGCUGCCUCGGUCCCCAAUGCCGAGAUUUAUCUCUUCCAACCUCCUUCCGCGUUCAUGCUCUGUUGGUUUACCUGGGAGAGCAUAGGGAUGGCGCCCCCGCCGGAGGUGGAGGUCGACCUCGCGGAGCUUAUCUCCUCCAAGGGCUUCCCGUCCAUCGUGGACUCCUGCCCCAACGAGUUCUUGAAGUUCGUGGAGUCGCAGAAAGAGUGCCAGAAGUUCAACUCGGGGUGCAUCCACAACACCUGCAGGGUCGUCGAAGGCCGUUUCGUAGACUUAUUUGCCAGUGCAACAGCGAACGGCACCGCGAUCAAGCACUGGGCAAUAGGGCCGUUCAACCCGGUCAAAGUACCCGAAAAGAGUUCGAGAAGAUCGGCUCACGGAUGCAUGGAGUGGCUCGACAAGCAAGCACCGAGCUCGGUGAUAUACGUGUCAUUCGGCACCACGACGGUGCUGAGCGACGAGCAGAUCCGCGAGAUCGCCAUGGGGUUGGAACGUAGUGGACAGAAGUUCAUCUGGGUAUUGAGGGAAGCUGAUAAGGCGGACAUUUUCGGCGGAGGAGGAGAGGCGAGGAAAAUCGAACUGCCCCAGGGGUUCGAAGAGAUGGCGGCGGCUCGAGAUUUAGGGGUGGUGGUGAGGGACUGGGCGCCGCAGCUCGAGAUCUUGGGGCACCCCGCGACCGGUGGGUUCUUGAGCCACUGCGGAUGGAACUCUUGCAUGGAGAGCAUCAGCAUGGGAGUGCCGAUCCUCGCAUGGCCGAUGCAUUCGGAUCAGCCCCUUAAUGCAGUCUUGAUCACACAAGUCCUCAAGAUUGGACUUAUCGUCAAGGACUGGAUGAGCCCAGACGACGUUGUGAAGUCCUCCGCUAUCGAAGGCGCCGUGAAGGCACUCAUGGCGUCGGAGGAAGGGGAGGAGGCGAGGAAGAGGGCGGCUGAGUUAGGGGCGGCCGUCCGGGGGUCGAUGGAUGAGGGCGGAGUUUCUCGGGCCGAGUUGGACUCUUUCAUCGCUCACAUCUCUAGAUAGAUUUUCUCCAUUUGUCCUUUUUUAUCCGCAUUAAUCAUAAUUAGUGGAGGAGAGAACAUUUUAUGUGAACUUAUAUAAGUGAUUUGAAGAACAAAAAUCUAUAAGAAUAUAGAAAUUAUAUAAAA